AUGUAUAAUGUUGAAGAAAAUAGAUAUCGAGAAAAAACAAAAGAAAAUACUGAUCAGGAAAAAAACAAGAAAAAUAUUGAAAAAACUUUUCAAUUCAAUUUAUAUGAUUACAUUAAUGUGAAUGAGUCAAAAAAAGCUCCUAGUCUGACCAAAAAUGAGGUUAUUCUUAAAGAAAAUAUUGUACAAUUUUACAAAUUAAACUAUGGCUUCGUUAUUAACUCGCAAGAAAAAUAUACCGCAGCAAAUCGAGCAUUUAAUUUUGAACCAAAAAUUAAACCAAAUAUUGAAAGAUGUCUUAUUAAAUUAACGUCACCAAAAGAUAAAAGGGAAUUAUUCUUAUUGAAUAACUGCAUUGAUGUUUCUUCUUUCCAGUCUUUACCACCAAAAUUAGUCAAUAUUAUGGCGCAAUCAAAAAACCUUCUCAAUUACAAUCGAUCUUUUAAUAAUUUUUAUUUUGAAGCUGAUUUUCCACUGGUUGAAUUGAAUUUUGAAAGAGAAACCAUUAAACUAACAAAGGAAAUAAAUAUAUUAGUAGAUAAUGCUUUAAAUAACGAGAGACCGUAUCAGGAAUUAAUUAGAGUAUUUAAUACAUUUGGUUAUUUAUUGUCUCUAAAAAUUAUCCUUGGCCAAAAAUUACGCAGAUCAUGUAUUUUACAGAAGAAAUUAGACCUUCUCGAUCAAAAGAUAGAAUUUAAGGAAAAUUAUUCAUCAGAACUAGAUAAGCUUUUUAUUUUAUGGAAAGAUCAGUAUGGGUUCGAUGAAAAAUACUUAAUGUCAAUAAAUGGAAAAGUUGUUAAAAUAAAUGACAUUGAAAAGUGGUUAAAUGAACAUUUGAAACAAGAUUUUAAAUUAUUACAAAUAAUUAGUCAAAGUGAAUUCGUUCCAUUAUAUGAAUUUUUUGAGGAACCAAUUAGGGGCAACAUCAAAUCAAUUCUAGGAAUAGAUAAUCUUCCAAAAAUUCUUAUGACGGGAGUCGUGCAAAUUAUUAAGAAUAUCAAUUAUUAUAAUGUAGACUUUCCUCAUUUGGAAAGCAGCAAUUAUCAUAUUUUUGCAAAAGUAACUAAAUCAAAUAAGUAUUCUUUUGAUGUUAUUGAUGAAGCUAUUGUAAAAAUACGAUCUAGUAAUAGGACUGGCUUUUUAGCAAUAAUUGAAAAGUUCGAUGGGAUCAAUGAUAAAAAUACGGAAAAUUUACAAAUUAUGUGGAUGUUAAUUGGAUUUCCAGAUGAAGUUAACUUCUACAGUCCGCACACACGAAGUUUAUCUAUACUAAGUAUGGAAAUUCAAGAUGUUGAUAAUGAAAAAACAAGCGUAUUAAUAAAUGUUCCAGAAAAUUUGCCAGAAAACUCCAGAAUAGUUUUAUCAUUUGAACCUGAUAGCGAAUCUGAAAUUGAUACAUAUGAAAAUAGAUCUGAAAUCAACAAAGUUGAAAGCAGAUCUGAAGACGAUGGUGUUGAAAGUAGAUCCGAAGAUGACGGAGUUGAAAUUGGAUCUGAAGAUUAUGAUGCUGAUGAAAGUGGAUCUGAAGACGAUGGAAUUGAAAGUAGAUCUGAAAGCGAUGAAUUUGAAGAUGGUGCUGAAAUUGUAUAUGAAAGCGAUAGUGAUGAAAGUGAAUACUCGAAUAUCGAUACUGAAUAUAAGAUUAAGAAUUCUCUUUACUCGUAUAUUUUUAUUUUUGAUCAAGAAUUUAUAAAAGCUGAUGUAUCAACUAGUAAAUUUUAUGGAUGGGUUUUGGGCAUUUUUUGUACUUUACUGGUUUAUAUGAAUUCUACCGAUUUAUUAAACGAAAAUUCAAACAUCAAUAAAAAUAUGAAUAUUACAUGA